AUGAACAUUUCAUCAAACGGGUCUGCAAUUUAUGUGAUUGGCACUGAUUUCAUCCAAUCAUGUGAUUGUAAUGAAAAAAAUCACUGUCUCAAAUAUAGCCAAUCAAAAGUCUGAGUGACAAGCAUCCAAGGAAAAUGUGGGCGGAGAUUUCCUGAAUCCUGAGCGUUCGACAAUUUUCCAAGGUAGCCGUGUUCACUGCCGGCCUACAUACAAAGCGGAAGAUGUAGCCGAGGGCAUUUGUUUCUUUCACAGUGCAUGUGAGUAACACAGUUGUUGCUCUCUGUUUUAGCCAAUUAGUGAGUAUUAUGCUCAGUAAGCAGCCAUAUUUGUGCCUUAGUCGGGCUCGCUAAUAGAGGCAUUGCUACAGCGUAAACAGUGUCAAACGGUGUAAAGUUCUGAAAUCGGUUCAUUUCGAAUACAACGCCGUGCACUGCACACACGAACACAUAGAUGGUGGCUUUUUAUAUCCUGUUUCUGGAACCCGAUCAUAAACAGGGUCUCGUCUUUGCCACAAUAGCCUAUUGUUUCCAACGACGAUUGUGGUAUGCAGCGAAUAGAAACGUGGUCCCUCACUCACCUCUGGCACAAAAUGAGGUGGAUGUUUCAUUUGACGAUUAAAGCUAGAAUCCUUAGUUGCUACAUCAAUUUUUGGACUACCCAUUGAUUCUUGAAGAAUAUAACUUAUUUAUGCCUCAUGAGCUCAUGAACUGUUGUACCCCAUCAGAACCCAAAAUAUAAACUUGCGUUACCCCAAUGUUUGUAAGUAAACGCUGUAUAGCCUCAAAAUAUGGUAAACAUUUUGAUAUUAGUUAGUCCUUGCAUCCAUAGCUCAGUCAAUGAAUUUGAGAGUGGUUACAUUUUUCCAGGCCCAUCUUUUAGCUUUUUACCAAAACAGAGUCGGUGUCAUGCUUUGUUUGAAUUAAGGACUCUAGCUUUAAAGGCACAGUCUGUUAGGUGUCUACUAAUUUCAAGUAAUGAAUGAAAUAAUUUAUAUACCUCCUGUUUUGGAAAAUUUGACGUAGCCUAAAUACAACUGACCUAUAAAGUACUUAUAAAUAGCCUACAUUACCUUAUAACCAGAAACCUAAGGUCCUAUAAUUAGCAUACACCAUUUAUUUAUUUUUUUUGUCAUAGGAGACUGCAAAAACUAUGCAUUAAAUUAAUAUAAUAAAUAGGCUACCCUCUUGCUUUAAAACAUGUUGGAGAGAAAAGUAGGGAAUGUAAUGUUGUUCUCAUGGAAUCAGAAUGGUCCUCUAUUUGUUGUUAGUGAGGGACAAAUGUGGCCGAUAAAGUGGCUGAAACAUCUAAUGUCUCUCACUCACUCUUCACCAUGAUCGUUCCAGUCUUGGCACUGAUGGCCAAACAGAGCUCGACCCUUGCGGUGUUGCGGAGAGCAGAGGUCUGUACCUACUGGGUGCUCUCUCUUGGCUCCCAUCUCUACUCCUUCUAUCAACUGCACAUGUUCUCCAAAGGUAAAUGUACCGGUCUUAAGAUAGUCUCUUUGAUAUAAAGGUCUAUCAAUUGGGCAUUGUUUAAAUUUUUUCACACUGAAUUUGCUAACUCUGCUGUAUGCAAGAUAACCUGAUUUACCACCCUUUGUGGCCCUGUAUUAGGCUACUUACUGUAAGUGGAGACCUCAGCUGUGCUGUGCGGUUUUUGCCUCUAGGUGGGGCUGUGGCAUUGUUUCAUACCCCUUGCAGAAACGUUUUUUUGCUUUGAUUGAAACAAAACACAGGUAUGCUACAGUUGAACAGCAUCUGCUCUAAAAUUCGCUCUGUACAUAAUUCAAAACAACACUGUACUCAGUGCUUGACUUGGACUGAAAUAGGUGCCGGUACUCAAUUUGGGUGCCGUUACCGUUUAUAUUUAGGUGCAGGAGCUCCACAAUACUUUUGAGCUAAUAUUCUAUAAAAUGAACCGGAGCUCAAGCAGUAGAAUAUUUGAGGUGCCGGUACUCUGUCCUCCUGUCCAAGUCAAGCACUGACUGUACUUCGAAACCACACUGUAUAUAACUCAAGAAGAUCUAAAUGCAUGUCCCCAUGAAACAAAUUGAGAUUAAAUGGUUGGCAAUGCAUGCAGAUGCUGCAUGGACGUUUCACCGGUAAAACUAGAUUUAUGUGUGCGUAAAGUAGAGGUAAAGUAACAUACGCAGAACGUGAUAGAGAUUUUUUUAGCUCUGGGGAAGAGGCUUCCAGGUGGGCGGAACGGGGCACUUACCUUCGGAAACGCAGCCUCGGCCUUAUGUUUAAAAUGAAACCAUAGGACACAAAACAAAAUCUCUCAUAAUGAUUCCACUAUGCCCAGACAGGAAAGGCCUAAGGGGAACAGAAUCUGAUGGGAGAAAAUAAUUAGUUCUACCCAUUCUUAUCAGAAUUUUAACAUUCUGAAGAAGGCUGAUAAUAUUAGUAUUCAGGGGAUUACAUGGGCAGGGCUGGGGAGAGGUGCAGUCCCAUCUCACUCUGUUGCAUUUUCAUGCAGGAAGCAACGCCUUUUGUUUAGGUGACAAGGCAAUAACCCCAAGGAACGGUAGUGGAAAAAGGAGUUUGAUAAAAGAGAGACGAAAGGAUAGUAAAGAAGCUGAUGCUACAUUGCAGAACAGGGAGAGGGGGAGGGAAAUAAUGCUAGUGUUAGGCUAUAUCUAGGGAUUCCCUGUGUGUUGCAGUGUUUCUCCUAGCUAGGUUAUUUUCCAGGUGGGGCGCAAAGGCCCCCAAAUUAACAUCCAGGGCCUCUUUGACCAAAAUGUCAAUUGAAACUGAUUUAAGACAAAUUAUUGUAGGCAAGGGGAACAGAGUUGGUGGGGGCCCACCCCUCCCCUCCUAUAAUGUACAAGGGUAGGGGAGACACUGGUGUGUUGUCAUCACAAUGAUUGCACCCAGUUCUCUUGAAAAAGCCUUCAUGGAAAGCAAAGUGGAUUAGGUGGACUGAUUAUAGUGUGCUAUUCCCUUAAUAUUGCAUAGUUCCCCACAGAGCUUGUCAUACUUCAUAGUGGAGUUCUUCAAGCCUCCUGGCAAAACUCUGGAAUAAAAACAGAAUGAUUGUUGUCUGUACAGUCUCAUUGUGAGAAGAUGCCACAAAAAUAUGUUCUCUUUUCCUAGAACAUGAAGCAGGAUUGGAGAGACAGUCCCAACUGGAGAAAGGCUUUCUAAUAUGGGGGUAUAAAAAGGUAAAAAUCAUUUACGGCCGUUCAGGUCUACAAACAUUUCACGACUUCCCGAGGUGCGUCAAUUUCUUGAUUUUUUUUUUCCCCGAGAUGUGUCUUUUUUUAUUCCUAAGGUUUUGUCAAAUGGCAUGAAGUUUUCAGACUGGGCCCAUGGUAAAAUGAGUUGUCUUUGACAGGACCCCACAGACUUUGAGUGGAGUUUCUGGAGUCACUGGGCUAGAAAGUCUCUGCUGUGGACUCUGUUGGGCCAUGCUGUGGUCUCCAGACUAGCCAGCUUCUUCAUUCCUAAGGUAUACUAUACAAGGAAAACCUGAAGUGGGACCGUAACAUUUUUACCCCCAUUUUUUCCCCAGACAAAUUAGAACCAAAAUACUGUAGCUUUAAGGCUUUUUUGCUUUUCCGCUCCCCAUCAGUUCAGAGUGACAGCUCUGUUGGCCUAUGGUCUCCUUGCGGCUUGCGGUGCGUUGGGGACUAAAGGAGUGGGCGUGGUCCUUGGCCAUCUGGGCCUGUCAUUGGCUGUUGCCCAGCUGUGUAACCCUGCUCUGUCCUGGAGCUGUGCCCUGCUGCUGCUUUCCACCCUCCACAUCCCCCAACUGCAGGAGAUACAG